UGUAAAGUAGGGACUAAUUCGUCAUUUGGACAAACCCUAGUGUUACAGUGACUCAGAGGGGGAAGCUCCCAUUUAUAAACCUCAGCUUCAUUUUCCCUCACUCUUCUGUACUCGUUGCGCUUCAUUAUACUAUCGAUCAGAGGCCUUUUCAGGUCACCGGCAAAAUGGCUGAUGCGUAUCAGCAUCCAUCUGUAUUUCAGAAAAUACAUGGGAAAUCUCACCUGAUCUCUAGGCUUUCUCCUAACAUGUAUGGUAGAAAUUACAACGUUGAUGGGCAAGGUCCGAUGCCAACAUGCCAGAGCACUGGCCUGUCAGGCCUGUCAAAUGUCUCAUAUAUGUCUCCUGUCUUUGUGGAAGCUCCUGCUGAAAAAGGUGUAGCUGGUUUUGCUGUGGAUUUCCUCAUGGGAGGUGUUUCUGCGGCAGUUUCCAAAACUGCUGCUGCUCCAAUUGAGCGUAUUAAACUCUUAAUUCAAAAUCAGGAUGAGAUGAUCAGGGCCGGUCGGCUUUCUGAGCCAUACAAGGGAAUCAGUGACUGCUUUGGCAGAACCAUCAAGGAUGAAGGUAUCAUUGCUCUCUGGAGAGGAAAUACUGCUAAUGUCAUCAGAUAUUUCCCCACCCAGGCUUUAAACUUUGCUUUCAAGGAUUACUUCAAGAGGCUUUUUAAUUUCAAAAAAGACAGAGAUGGCUACUGGAAGUGGUUUGCUGGGAACCUGGCAUCUGGAGGGGCUGCUGGUGCUUCAUCUCUUCUUUUUGUGUACUCUCUGGACUAUGCCCGUACACGUUUGGCAAAUGAUGCCAAGGCUGCUAAAACAGGUGGAGAAAGGCAGUUUAAUGGUAUGAUUGAUGUUUAUCGGAAAACCCUCAAGUCUGAUGGUAUUGCUGGACUGUAUCGUGGAUUCAACAUUUCAUGUGUUGGGAUUAUUGUGUACCGUGGACUCUACUUUGGAAUGUAUGAUUCUCUAAAGCCUGUUGUUUUGGUUGGAAACUUGCAGGAUAACUUCUUUGCUAGUUUCUUGCUGGGAUGGGGAAUCACCAUUGGUGCUGGGUUAGCUUCUUACCCUAUCGACACAGUGCGUAGAAGAAUGAUGAUGACGUCUGGAGAAGCUGUUAAAUACAAGAGCUCAUUGGAUGCAUUUCAGCAAAUCGUCAAGAAUGAGGGCACCAAAUCACUCUUCAAGGGUGCCGGUGCGAACAUUUUGCGUGCUGUUGCUGGUGCUGGUGUUCUUGCUGGUUACGACAAGCUGCAGGUUGUUCUUUUGGGCAAGAAAUAUGGAUCCGGUGGUGGUUAAUGAGCGAGCCAGCAGUGUAGUGAUGAUGACGAGAAUUGAAAGACUUGAGUGGUGUAGAGGUCUCUUUUGAGUUGAAUAAUUAGAAUGAACAAUAUUCACAUUUGUGUUUCAGCUAAUAGAAACUUGUUAGAUGUCAUACUUACGAAACCUGAAUUUAAGUUUUGAGUGUUAUCCUUGGAUUUUAAAGCAAUGCUUGUGCUUUUCCAUUCAAUGAGAAUGUUUGGAUUCA